UGUUCGAUUUAUUUUAAUAUAAUAAAAAAAUGAUAUAUAUAGACAUCCUGUAAAAUUGUCAUUUCCUGAUGCGUCAGGCGCAUUUAAUAGAUAUGGAAUCUGUUAUCGCGGAUUUACUAGAAGGAAGUCCAGUUCCUUUCUACCAGUUAUUGCCUGUCGUCCAGCAGUCUGAAUAGUAUAAAACUGACAGAGUAUAAAACUUUUCGACAAAUCUUUAAUUCUCUUAAUAACUCAUUGUUUAAACUAAAUUAUUGUGACUAAAAUACAAUGCUGCUACCUUCAAAUAAAAGAGUGAUUUGUUCAUAAAGGUCCCAUUCAAAUGUAUUCAAUAAGCAAGUUUGUUUCAUUAAAUCAUAUCUGGCACACAUUUUUCUUAAAUUUCACGAACAGCACGUGUGUAGUUGUUUACAAUGAAAAAAGCAAUGAUAAACAUGAUGUUAUUGUUGUUUAUCUUCGCGAAUCAAAUGCUACAUAUUGUCGGAAAACUAACUGUGUUACGUGGACCAAAAUCCUAUACAAACGAAAUAAGAUUGAUAUGUCUCUCAGAGGAUGAUGGCGGCGCUCUUGUGUGGAACUACAAUUUAGUUUGGAAAUACUCUUAUGCACCUGUAAACAAUUAUAACUUUCAAAAUUUUUAUACAUUUAACAACGAUAAUAAUGGAAUAAACUGCAAAAUGAACACAAAUGAAGGUUGCUUGGAGUCAUGGAUUAAACAAAACUGGUAUCUUACAAAUUCUUUAAAAACAUCUAUGGGUCCAGUAUUUGAUCAACGAUGGGAAGAAUUCAAACUGUAUGAAAAUCUUCAAGAUGUUUAUGAUUAUACAGAUUUUGACCUUACCACCGAAGUAAAGCUUUCUUUUUCGGUUCGAGUAUCCCACGAUGCGCAUAUAUUAAUUUGCAAUGGCACGAAUUAUUACAGUGAUUCUUGUUAUUGGAUCAUAAUAGGUGGUUGGGGUAAUACACAGUCUGUCAUACGAAAGUGUGUGACGGGAGUGCCUAAACCUGGGAAAUAUCCCGAUAAAAAUUCAAACUGCAAUCAUCCAUUAGAUUCAAUCAAGCACACACCAUUGUCUGAAAAUGAGUGGCGAUCGUUUGUAAUUACAUGGAAUUCUGAGAUGCACAAAAUAGUUGUUUAUGAUACUGAUAAGAUCAUUUUGACAUAUACAGACGAGGAAAGGCAAUUACACUUAAACAAUAAUUACUACAUGUUUAUUAGAAGCGAUACAGUGAUGUUAUUCCGAUUUCAUAUAUAUGAUUUUUUACAUACGACUGUCGAGCAAGCAGUUUUAACCAGUCCUAGCUUUCAAUUUAAUAACGAAAUGAUAUGUUUACAAUUAUUAAUUGGCCUCUGCGCUGAAUGUAAUGCACAUAUAGUCUUGCGUGAUUACACAAACGAUGAAGAGUUGGUAAAGAUAACAGUAAAAAGCUCAUCAAAAUCUAUGGUUCAUGGCUUGCCUAUGUGGCAAUCUGUCACAAUCAAGAAGAAUUCUUCAGUGACCGAUUACAGUAACAGGAUGAUAAUACAGUUGAUUCCUAUACUCAAUAUUCAUAGCUCGAAUCCGUUGUGGGCGAUAGCGAACGUUCGUCAAUGUCCCCAAAUUGGAAUUUUGAGGAGCGGUGCUAUUGUUCAUCGUAAAGAUUGGGAAAACAACCGUGAAUAUUUUUGGCCAAAUGUCACAUGUCAAAAAUUAUUUUAUGAUGAACAUGCGAUUGUGAACCCUAUAUCGCACGUCAAAUCGGAUAUAAGCAUGGAUAACAUAAACUGUCCUCAAGGAAAAAUUGGACCUCAAUGUUUCCUUUUUUGUGCAACUGAUCUGAAUAGUGACGUAGAGUGUAAAGGAAGCGAAAUUUGUUACGAAAAUGGUUGCACAUGUGCUCCGGGUUUUUUAGGAAACGAAUGUUUUAGACCUUGUGAUUCAAAUAAAUAUGGUUAUGGCUGCAAAAAGACAUGUGGCUCCUGCUUAUAUGCAAGCAAUGGACAAUGUAAUAAAGCAACUGGAUUUUGUAUUAAUGGACUAUGUUUGAAUGACAAUACUGGAAAAAUUUACAUACCACCUUUAUGUCAAACAAGCAUAGACAAGCUUAAUGCACCUGAAAUUAUUUCAGUAAGCGAAACAACUAUUUGGGCCGUUGUUCCUAUGGCAUGGAAAGAUGAAUACGAAGGAAUACCGAUUCUUUAUUCUUUUGAACAUACAUAUAAUUACGACCAACUGACUUGGAAACCGUUAUUUCGAAAUACGACACAAUUGACGAAAAAUUUUGUGAACAUGGAACCUGGGAUUACUUAUCAUAUUCGUUUAAGUUUAGAUGUUGCAGGCAUAAAAAUACAUAGUGAUUGGCAAGUAGCUGAAACUAAAUGCAAUCCGGCUGAAAACUUCGACGUAACGCCGGAAGAAUACAGUUUGAUAAUAGAUUGGCAAAUUAAUCCAAACCAAUUAUAUUCAUGUCCAGCAAGAUGGUAUUAUCUGAUAAUUCGCAAUAUAAAUACGAAUGAGGAAAUCGUUUCUACAUUAGCUCCGUCAUUUUCCUAUAAGUUACAGUCUUUAACGUCAUACACUCUUUUUGCUGUGACCAUAUCUCAUGGAAAUCGCACCCUAUUUUCCAAGGAUGUUCGUACGCUAGAAGGCGUUCCAUCUCAAGUGUUAGAGCUUAAAAACAUGUUGUCGGCUACACAACUCAUCCUAAUUUGGAAACCUCCAUAUAAGCCGAACGGAAAAAUAGUGCGAUAUGAAGUAAUUUUAAAGGUUAAUGAGUACUGUGGCUGUAGAGACUUAAAAUUACCUACGCCGGAUAAUCAUAUUGUUACAAAAUUUACAACAGAGCCAACAAUUGAAAUUCCGGAUUUACGUCCGUAUACUUCUUAUAGUGCGCAAGUCAUAGCUCAUAACUCACGUCAUUCCAGCUCAAACGCAGAGACAAACUUUAUUACAGCACAAUCUGAAAUCCCAUCAGAAGUAUUUAGUCAGUUGCGAGUGGAAGACAGAAAAUUAUUAUGGGAUCCACCCGAAAAUUGCAUGUUGAUUUCGGGACCACUAAAAGCAAGGAUAAUAAUACAAGGUGUUAGUGACGCUGUUAAAGAUUUCAAUGUGACCAGACAGACUGGUUACCGUUAUUACGAUUUGGAUAAAUUGAAAUUAAACGGUCUUGAGCGAUACUUAGUAACACUUUACGUAAUAAGAGAUUACAAGGGUAAAGAAAAUACUACCGCUUAUAAACAAUUUGAGUUUGAAACUCCACCAACAGCUCCACCCGAAGUAACAAAUUUAGAGGUUGUCGAAAUUGAUACUCGUCAAACGCCUGCCAUGAUACAUCUGCGUUGGCAAAGUCCACUUCCACCUCUCAACGGAAAAUUACGUAAUUAUGGUGUUCAGUUAUGUGACAAACAUAAAUCUUGCUCGAAUAUUGAGAAAGUACAAUUUAACGAGUCUUGUGAUUUGUGGGACAAUUAUAUCUGCAAAGUUGUGCAAAACACGUACCGACGUUCUUUUAUAUACACUCAAACAAUUAAGGUUUUCGCAUACAAUAUGAACGUUACUGAACCAGGACUUCCGGUUUUUGUAACUGGCGAUACGCUUCAUGACACAACGCCGGAUGCACCUGGGAAUUUUACUUUUACAAUCAACAGUAACAGUGUGAUUGAUCUAAAGUGGCUUCAUCCUUGGAAGACAGGUGGUCAUCUUAAGUCUUUUCGCAUUUGUAUACAAGUAACUUCUUCAAAUCUGAGAAGACGCAUUUCUCGAUCACUCAGAAACGAAAUAAUCGAAUUCCCUGUGACACAAUACAUGCGUAACUACAGUGAGCGACUGUAUUUAUUCCCAUCAACAAAAUACAUCAUCUCUAUUCAAGCUGUGACAAUUACGAAUAAGUUUAACAGCUCUAAGUCUGUGAUAAUCCAUACACCUUCAACCGCAGUUUUUGAUGGCACUUUUAAUGUCACGGUAGACAAAUCUGAUUCCACGAUAUUAUUGAAUAUACCGUCUGUUUUAAAUGAUACUCAAGACAGCAUAAUGCACAUCCUUGUAAAAGGCCCUAAUCUUUGCAAGCAACAUUUGGAAGUACCUGAGAGUCUUCGUGCAAAAGCAGGUUUAAAGAACGAAUUUGUUUGGCAAGCUGCUAAAGUUUCGACUAAUGAAUUAGCUGGCAAACAAUUCAGAAUCGGUGACGAUAAUAUUUACGGCAAUGUGAAGAAUUGUCCAUUAAAACCUGAAGAGUUUUAUGAUAUAAUAGUUAUCGUAACCGAAGGAAAUUCGUCCACCAAACCGAUCAUGCUUACGCAAUCUGUCCGCGUCGGUGAGAUACCACCAAAGCAUCAUGAAGUGUGGAUCGUGCCUAUUAUAUUAAUCCUCAUUGUGAUAGGCACAGCUUUUUACUUGUACCGAAGGAAAAAGCAGAAAAUGACUAAGCAGCUAAGGCAAGACGAAAUGGUUUUGUCGCAGAACAUCGAUAACUACGAACAGGAAACAAAAUCUGUGAUAUCGAAUUCAAAGCACGAUCUGUCAACUCCUUCUGACAGACAAUCCCUAUCGCGGGCAACCACUCCGGAAGUGCAGCCGAUUGCUAUCGCAAACGACGACGAGGCGGAGAAAGAAAUGACAUCAUUGGUGAAGGUGAAAGAUUUCGAGGAUUACGUUAGGCAAGCAAUACAGUCAGGAUUGCUCGAUAAGCAGUACGAGACGUUUGUAAGAGGGCAAACUCGACCGUGGGAUUACGGAAAAUUACCACAGAACAAAUCUAAAAAUCGAUACGGGAAUCUUAUUGCAUAUGAUGAAACGCGUGUGGUAUUAAAGAAACUUCCGGAUGACGCUCAUUCCGAUUACAUCAACGCUAAUUACAUCACCGGUUAUAAAAAAAAGAAGUGCUAUAUAGCAACACAAGGUCCCAAACCCAGUACGGUCAUCGAUUUCUGGCGCAUGAUUUGGCAGGAGAACGUUCUUAUUAUUUGCAUGUUGGCAAAUGUGAUUGAAAAUGGAAAGACCAAGUGCGAGCAAUAUUGGCCCGAUAUUGGCAAGAAGAAGAAAUAUGGCGACAUCAUUGUAUUAAAUGCAAAGCACAACGUCUUCGCCGAUUAUUGCUGUAGAACUUUCCACGCCACUUGUGGAGACGAAACUCGAAAGAUAGAACAUCUACAUUAUACGGCUUGGCCGGACCAUGGCGUGCCAUUGUACACGCAUUCCGUAGUCACGUACUUGAAGAAACUUUUAGCGACACCACCUGGAAAUGGACCCGUGGUAGUUCAUUGCAGUGCUGGUGUUGGAAGAACUGGGACCAUUAUUUUGUGCGAUAUUUGUCUCCAUCGAGCAGCUGCUGAAGGCAUGAUUGACGUUUUCGCCGAAACGGCAUCUAUUAGAAGCGAAAGAGCUAACAUGGUGGAUAAUAAACAACAGUAUCUACUAGCACAUUUGGCAUUAGUGGAAUGUCUGCUUUCUAUACCAACUACAUUGCCAUGUAAUGAGAUGUUAUUAACAAAAAUAAAAGAGAAGAAGAAACAGUUGCCCAUUCAACAACAAAGAUUACAGAACACUGCAUGGCAAGAUGAAGCUCUGCGACCUGUUACGUCUCCAUCGCCAUUAUCGGAACGUAAUCGAGCCAAAAACAGAUUUCCGGAAUUGAUUUUAGAUAAAGCCAGUAGAAUAUAUUUAAAGAGAUACCCGACAUCGGACGAGGACAGCGAUUAUUUGUCCGCCGUUUACGUAGACGGAGUAAAACUUCAGAAUCAGUAUCUGGCUACGCAGCUUCCCAUGCCAUCGACGAUUAAUGAUUUCUGGAGAAUGAUUGCCGAGUUCAAAGUUGAACUUAUUCUCAUGCUACAGCUUCCAGAUUUUCAGGAUCCUACUUGUUGUUCGAUCGCUCCUACAAGCGGCGAGUUUAAACCAGUUCCAUAUUUAAAUAUCACAGUAAAGGAAGUUGUGGAGUACGAGUAUUACACAUCACAAAAAUUGUUGCUCGUUGACAAUUCCGAGAAACCCUCGAGAGAACAAUUUGUUACUAUAUUAUGUUUAACGAAAUGGAAACCUGGAAGGCAUCAAUCACCUCCACCCGUUAUGACGAUGGUGACCUUUUGGCAAGCUGCGGAGAGAAUCGCGAGAGGCGAUGGUCCUACUGUCACGCUCUGCCAUGACGGGGUAACUGGAUGCGGGCUCUAUUUAGCGUUGAGUUUCCUGCUGGAAAGAAUGGCCGUCGAAAGAGAAUGUGACGUUUGUUUGGCGGUGCGAGCUGUUAGACGAUCUAGAUCAGAUUUUGUUUGUUCCCUGGAACAUUUGGAAUACCUAUACGAUGCUGCAGUGGCAUAUUUGGAAUACUUUGAAACCUACGCAAAUUUUUCGUGAAAUAAGUACAAGUUGUCGAGAUAAUUAAGAUAAUGAAGUGGCACGUUGUAAUAAAAAAUUGUGAACGUAGUUAAUGGAAUACUCGUCGUAUAUAACCAGAUAUGUAUUAAACAUUGAUAUUAAAUGUAUUUGAUAUUAGAGCUUAUGUAGAAAAACGAGAACGUAGAAAACAUUUCAUUUUUGUAUAAAUGGAAGUAUACAGAGUAUAAAGAGUAAUACCAAA